UUUUGAACACUCGCACGAGUCCCACGAAACAAAAGAAUUCCCCAAAAAGUAAAAAUCUAAAAUAUCCAUUUUUUAAAAAAUAAAAACCUUUUUGGAUUAUUAAAAAAUAAAUAGAAAAUCCACCCAUUUUCCAAAAUCGAGUGAGAAACCGAGGAAGAGGACUGAAGAAGACUGAAGAAGCUUCAUUGUGGCUUCUGCUGAAUCUCUCAAAAUCUCUCUCUAGGGUUUCUUGAACCUCCCAGAAACCUUAGAGGAGAGAGACAAUCACCUUCAAUUCAUCAUCAUCAUCAUCAUCAUCAUCAUCAUCAUCAAUGGCGUCUACGAGUUUCGAUUUGAUCCGAUCAAUCGAAUCGGUGCUCGGAAUUUCAUCGGAUCCAGCUUCAACUUCUUCUUCUACUGCGAUUUUGGUUUUGACGACGUCGAUUGCGGUGCUCGUAGGAUUGUUGUUUAUUCUAUGGAGAAGAUCGAACGAUCGUGGUGGAGAUUCUAAGGUUGUUGUUGCUCCUAAACCGUUGAAGGUUGAGCCUGAUGAAGAUGAGUUUGAGAUUGCUGCUGGUAAAACGAAGGUGAUUGUGUUUUUUGGUACUCAGACUGGUACUGCUGAGGGAUUUGCUAAGGCUUUAGCAGAAGAAAUCAAGGCAAGAUAUGACAAGGCAGUAGUAAAGGUUGUUGACAUGGAUGAUUAUGCUGCGGAUGAUGACCAAUAUGAAGAAAAAUUAAAAAAAGAAACUUUAGCAUUCUUCAUGGUUGCCACUUAUGGUGAUGGGGAGCCUACGGAUAACGCAGCACGGUUUUACAAAUGGUUCACAGAGGGUGAUGAGAGAGAACCAUGGCUUCAGCAACUGACAUUUGGUGUCUUUGGCCUGGGUAAUCGUCAAUAUGAGCACUUCAACAAGAUCGGAAAGGACAUAGACGAAAAGCUCAUCGAACAAGGUGCAAAGCGUCUGGUUCCUGUUGGUCUUGGCGAUGAUGAUCAAUGUAUCGAGGAUGAUUUUUCUGCUUGGCGGGAAUCUUUGUGGCCGGAGUUGGACAAGAUAUUGAGAGACGAAGAUGAUACGAAUACUGUGUCAACACCAUAUACAGCUGCUAUCCUUGAAUACCGUGUAGUCGUUCAUGAAUCUGCUGUCUCAACCUUUGAGAAUCAGUAUAACACUUCGACAAAUGGCAAUGCAUCUUUUGAUAUUCAUCAUCCAUGCAGAGCUAAUGUGGCUGUGCAAAAGGAGCUUCAUCAACUGGAAUCUGACCGUUCUUGUAUACACUUGGAGUUUGAUAUAGCAGGCACUGGAAUAACUUAUGAAACUGGAGAUCAUGUUGGAGUGUAUGCUGAGAAUUGUGAUGAAAUUGUGGAAGAAGCAGGAAAGUUGUUGGGUCAGCCACUGGAUCUGCUUUUCACGAUUCACACAGAUGCAGAAGAUGGCAAACCUAUGGGUGGCUCACUACCACCACCUUUUCCCGGUCCUUGUACGCUUCGCUCUGCUUUGGCACGAUAUGCUGAUGUCUUGACUUCUCCUAGAAAGGCUGCUCUGCUUGCUUUGGCUGCUCAUGCAUCAGAACCUGGUGAGGCAGAAAGAUUGAGGCAUUUGGCAUCACCUGAGGGGAAGGAUGAGUAUUCAGCUUGGAUUGUUGCUAGUCAAAGAAGUCUUCUGGAGGUCAUGUCUGAAUUUCCAUCGGCAACGCCUCCUCUUGGUGUAUUUUUUGCUUCCGUGGCUCCUCGGUUACAGCCACGUUACUAUUCUAUUUCAUCCUCACCAAGGCUAUAUCCAACCCGAGUUCAUGUAACAUCUGCCUUGGUUUAUGGUCCUACCCCUACAGGAAGAAUCCACAAAGGGGUUUGUUCUACAUGGAUGAAGAAUGCAGUUCCUUUAGAGAAAAGCCAGAAUUGUAGCUGGUCUCCAAUCUUCAUCAGAGCAUCUAACUUCAAGUUGCCGGCAGACCCUUCAGUUCCAAUAAUCAUGGUGGGACCUGGAACUGGUUUGGCUCCUUUCCGGGGAUUUUUACAGGAAAGACUGGCCUUAAAACAGGAAGGUGUUCAACUGGGUCCUGCUAUACUCUUCUUUGGAUGUCGAAAUCGUAAAAUGGAUUUCAUCUACGAGGAAGAGCUGCAUAACUUUGUUGAAGAAGGAGCUCUUUCGGCGUUGAUUCUUGCAUUUUCAAGAGAAGGGUCUCAAAAGGAGUAUGUUCAGCAUAAGAUGGUGGACAAGGCCUCAUACUUGUGGAGUCUGAUUUCUUCUGGGGGUUACUUAUAUGUAUGUGGUGAUGCCAAGGGCAUGGCUCGAGAUGUUCAUCGAACUUUGCACAAUAUCGUUCAGGAGCAGGAAAAGGUGGAUUCCUCCAAAGCAGAGGCUGUAGUGAAAAAGUUACAAACAGAUGGACGAUACCUUCGUGAUGUGUGGUGAUCUGUACUCUGCAACAAGUUUACCUCGUUUCUCUUACAAGCAGUAAUUAAAGGAGUUCUUUGAACACAUUCGCGACUCAUAUUCUUCAUUCCGAACUCCAAAUUCCUAAAGCAGAUGGUAACAGUAACAAACCGGUGGGAAGUAAACCCGUAUGCUCACUCCACUUUACUGUAUAUCGCCAUUUUCACCCUUUUUGGGUGAACUACAGGUUAGACCAAUGUUAAAUCUCUAUUGCAUUUAUUCAGUUGCAGGAGUUUUCGAAUAUAAUCGCAAGAGAUUGUUGUAGGUUAUAUUAGGGAAACGCUUUGUUGAAGGCGAUUUGUACUAUUUGUUUAAUAUUAUAAGAUGAGAAUUACAACUUAUUAUAAUUUUAUGUUUUUGUUAGGGAUAUUAUGUAUCUUUCCUCUUGUUAUGGUGUUUAGGUAAAGGGUUCUGAGUUUGGUAA